AAUAUCAACCCAUCAAGAUUGUGCAGCAUCAACAAUGAGGUUUUGUGUUUUCUUUCUGCUUUUCCUGCUUCCUCUCCUGGCCUCAUGUGCAGAAAGAAAGGUCUAUAUAGUAUAUUUUGGAGAACACAGUGGACAGAAAGCAGUUCAUGAGAUAGAGGAUUAUCACCACUCGUAUCUUCUCUCUGUGAAAGCAUCCGAGGAAGAAGCUAGAGAUUCUCUCCUCUACAGUUACAAGCACAGCAUCAAUGGCUUUGCAGCAGUUCUCAGCCCCCAUGAAGCCACAAAGCUUUCGGAGAUGGAUGAAGUGGUAUCAGUAUUCCCCAGCCAGCGGAAAAAGCACACCCUCCACACUACAAGGUCAUGGGAAUUUGUAGGCUUGGAGAGGGGACUGGGAAGAGAACAGUUGAAGAAGCAAAAGAAGACGAGAAAUUUAUUGGAAAAAGCCAGAUAUGGCGAUCAAAUCAUAGUUGGGAUGGUGGAUAAUGGUGUAUGGCCGGAGUCAAAGAGCUUUAGUGAUGAAGGAAUGGGACCUAUCCCAAAAUCAUGGAAGGGAAUCUGCCAAACUGGAGUUGCUUUCAACUCCUCCCAUUGUAACAGGAAGCUGAUUGGAGCUCGAUACUAUCUGAAGGGUUAUGAGUCCGACAAUGGCCCUCUUAACACCACAACAGAUUAUAAAUCACCACGUGACAAGGAUGGCCACGGAACCCACACGGCAUCUACGGUUGCAGGGCGAAGGGUUCACAAUGUUUCAGCACUUGGGUAUGCCCCCGGCACAGCCUCAGGAGGAGCCCCGCUGGCUCGUCUCGCCAUUUACAAAGUCUGCUGGCCGAUCCCAGGCCAAACAAAGGUGAAAGGGAACACAUGCUAUGAAGAAGACAUGUUAGCAGCCAUAGAUGAUGCCAUUGCUGAUGGAGUUCAUGUACUCAGCAUCUCUAUCGGGACUUCUACACCUUUCACUUAUGCCAAAGAUGGUAUAGCAAUUGGAGCACUUCAUGCCACCAAGAACAACAUUGUAGUGGCAUGUAGCGCUGGGAAUUCAGGCCCUGGCCCCUCAACUUUGUCCAACCCUGCACCAUGGAUCAUCACAGUUGGCGCUAGUAGCGUAGACCGAGCAUUUGUCACUCCUCUUGUUCUUGGAAAUGGCAUGAAACUCAUGGGACAAUCCGUAACCCCAUACAAGCUGAAGAAAAAGAUGUACCCCCUGGUAUUCGCAGCAGAUGUCGUCGUCCCUGGAGUGCCCAAGAACAAUACUGCAGCAAAUUGCAACUUUGGUUCCCUUGAUCCAAAGAAGGUGAAAGGAAAGCUAGUUUUGUGCUUGAGGGGCGGUAUUGCAUUGAGAAUUGAAAAGGGCAUUGAAGUGAAAAGAGCCGGGGGUGUUGGUUUUAUUCUAGGAAACACGCCGGAAAAUGGAUUUGAUCUCCCAGCAGACCCUCACCUUCUUCCUGCAACUGCAGUGAGUUCCGAGGAUGUGACUAAAAUUCGUAACUAUAUUAAAUCAACAAAGAAACCAAUGGCAACCAUCAUUCCAGGACGGACGGUGUUACAUGCUAAACCAGCACCAUUCAUGGCUUCUUUCACCAGUAGAGGUCCGAAUACAAUCGAUCCUAAUAUUCUCAAGCCCGACAUCACAGGUCCAGGACUAAAUAUAUUGGCAGCAUGGAGCGAAGGAUCAUCCCCUACAAGGUCAGAAUUGGAUCCCCGAGUGGUGAAGUAUAAUAUUUUCUCUGGAACAUCUAUGUCUUGCCCUCAUGUGGCUGCUGCAGUUGCUCUUCUCAAAGCCAUUCACCCUAAUUGGAGCAGUGCUGCUAUAAGAUCUGCUCUCAUGACCACAGCCGGACUUGUAAACAACAUUGGCAAGCCAAUAACUGAUUCAUCUGGCAAUCCAGCAAACCCUUUCCAAUACGGUUCAGGCCACUUCCGACCAACAAAGGCUGCAGAUCCCGGUCUAGUAUACGACACUACAUACACUGACUAUCUUCUCUACCUCUGCAAUAUUGGAGUUAAAAGUCCCGACUCCUCAUUCAAGUGUCCAAAAGUGUCACCCUCAUCCAACAAUCUCAACUAUCCAUCCCUCCAGAUCUCCAAACUCAAACGCAAAGUGACCAUCACAAGGACCGUCACUAAUGUUGGCAGCGCUAGAAGUAUAUACUUCUCUAGCGUUAAGUCACCAGUGGGAUUUUCAGUUAGGGUUGAGCCAAGUAUCCUGUACUUUAAUCAUGUUGGGCAGAAGAAAAGCUUCUGCAUAACAGUAGAAGCCAGAAACCCAAAGGCAAGCAAAAAGAAUGAUGCAGAGGAGUAUGCUUUUGGUUGGUAUACAUGGAAUGAUGGAAUCCAUAAUGUAAGAAGCCCUAUGGCAGUGUCUUUGGCUUAGUUUUGUCUAUCACUUCCAAAUUGGAGUAUAUAUAUGUAAGGGAUUAGAGUUUUCUCAGAAUGAUUGAAGAUUUGAAGGGAUUGCAAGGGCAGGAACAUGGAAAGAAGAUACUGUUCCUGGAUCUUUGGUUAAUCCUGUUCCAGGUUUUCUAAGAUUUGAAAUAAUAUUGCUAGUUGAACCUUGAUACCUCAAAAGCAAUGUGUCUUUGAACAUAAAUAGAAUGAGAAUUCUGCUCAUCAA